UCCAGUUUUAGCUGAUCUCGAUUUGUAACCUCAGAUUUGAGCUCAAGUUUUCGCCAAAAAACCCUGAAAAUAACCUUCAUGUGGCUCCAUAGACGACUAAUAGAGGCUUCCAGGGUUAAAUUAAACGAUCUUAUGGUUUUAUGAGCAAUAUGGAGCGAAAUUUUGCUCCCCUUUACGAGACUUUUUGGUUUACAGUGUUGUCGUUUGGCCGCCGGUAAGAUUCACAUUACAAGAUGCAGUCAAAACGAGAGCAAGACGGCGAUCGUAUUCGCAAGAAUACGAGGCAAAGUAGAAGCAGUGUUCACACUCCUAGGAGUAGCUCUAACUCUUCAAGUUCUGGAGUAAUGAUGGUGGGGCCAAACUUUCGCGUUGGGAAGAGAAUAGGCAAUGGAAACUUCGGUGAACUUCGACUUGGUAAAAACCUAUACAACAAUGAACAUGUCGCCAUCAAGUUGGAACCUAUGAAGUCUCGAGCACCACAACUUCAUUUAGAAUACAGAUUUUACAAAUCUCUCGGCAAUGCAGAGGGUAUUCCUCAAGUGCAUUACUUUGGUCCAUGUGGCAAGUAUAAUGCUUUGGUUAUGGAACUGCUUGGACCCAGUCUGGAGGAUCUCUUUGAUCUUUGUAACAGACAGUUCUCUCUUAGAACUGUUCUUUCAAUUGCUAUUCAGUUGCUCAGUAGAGUGGAAUAUGUGCAUUCAAAAAAUAUGAUCUACAGGGAUAUUAAACCUGAAAACUUUCUCAUCGGUCGAAAAUCGACGGGAAAAGACAAAUUAAUUCACAUAAUUGACUUUGGACUUGCAAAGGAAUAUAUUGAUCCAGAAACCAAAAAACAUAUUCCGUACAGAGAACACAAGAGUUUAACAGGAACAGCAAGAUACAUGAGUAUAAAUACACAUCUUGGAAAAGAGCAAAGUAGAAGAGAUGAUCUGGAAGCCCUAGGACAUAUGUUUAUGUACUUUUUAAGGGGAAGCUUACCAUGGCAAGGGCUAAAGGCAGAUACACUCAAAGAGAGAUAUCAAAAAAUUGGGGAUACCAAACGAUCAACACCAAUAGAAGUCCUUUGUGAAAAUCAACCAGAAGAGCUAGCUACAUAUCUGUAUUAUGUAAGAAGACUAGACUUCUUUGAAACUCCAGACUAUGAAUAUUUGAGAAAACUGUUAAGGGAUUUACAAGAGAAAAAAGGUUACAUAGAUGACGGAGAGUUUGAUUGGACACACAAGCAAAUACCCAGCCCAUUGAAUUCAGUCACUCAUGAUCAUCACACAUCAAAAGAUUCUCGCCUCUAUCCAAGGGUAUCGGAGAAACCGAUGUCUUCAUCUGUUACCAAUAAGUCGGGUCAAGACAGGAAAGGUGCAUGGGGUGAUCCAUAUGGACCCAAGAGUCCUAAUCUAUUAACACCAACAACAGAUCGACUAGGCGGCUCUGUACAAGUAGUAAGCUCAACUAAUGGGGAUUUAGGACCAGGUGAUGACCAGGGCAAGUCUGGGGCACCUCUUAACACUCAGCCUGAAGUAGAAGUGGUUGAAGAAACCAAGUGCUGUUGUUUCUUCAAGCGAAGAAAGAAAAAGAAACUACCUGUAGCCAGGCACAAAUGAUGCUCCAGUGAUUUCGCCUAAUUUUACCCAGUUUUCGGUACGCUUCAGGCCACCUCUUCCUUUUCUUUCCUCAAAUAAAUCAAACUAAAGACUGAAAAAAAAAGGCUUUCGGUCUCCAGGCCCGUAAAAAAUGCCACUUGGGAAUAUCAAGGGUACUGCGCCGGCGCUUCAAGUGUCCAGCGGUUGCAUUAGUCGCUUCAGAUUCGUCUCAUCUUCUCUCCUGCGAGAGCUCGAAAAGGAAGAGGUGGCCAUGGUCUCGCGAACUGUGGAUGUACUGAACUACGUUUGGGUCUGAUAAUUCCUGUUCAAAACGUCAAGUGGACCAACUCUAUGCACCAAGGUUUUGUAGGAGUCAUUUUUAUAUGAACAGAACAAACAAAAAAGUUAAUCUUUAAAGCCACAUUGGCCGUCAUUUUCCUUCCACGUCGAACAACGCAUACAUGCAAGUAUGUGCAGGACUUGUUGUCUGCAUUUGCUACGGUGGAAUCGAAUAUUUAGAAAUGAAUGGGCGGGCCUUUUAUAGUAGCGUAGUUAGAAGUUCAUUACCUUGGCGCUAGACCGCCUCCGUGUUGCCAACCUUUAUUUUCAAGUUAGUAAAUCUUCUUAAGUUCAAUAUUUUUUUUACAUUAAUAAAUGAAUCAUGGUUAGGCCUCACUAAGCAUGAAAAGCGGCAAGUUUUACGAUAACGAACAAAAAUCAAUUCGGAUUUCCUUUGUUUCCUUUCCAAAGCUCCAUUUCCAGGGAAAGAGUGAAGGAGAGAGGGAGUAUGUCGGAAGAAUUUCAAAAUUGCUUCGCGUUAAUAUCUUAUAACGUGUUUACCACAAUCUCCUUUUCCAAUUUCGAAGAAUGAAUGUUGAUGAUUUCGUCCUACAAGGGAUUGUGGGGCUUAUGUUUGGGAUUCCUGUACAAAUACGAUGACCUUGACGAACUAAUUGACAAUCCCUAGUAUAAUUUCCCACUUCCAUUUCUGUUUCUUCUUGCAGGCCUCCCGAGUGUUUACAGUCACUCGAGUUUCCUUUUAGAUCCACAAAUUCAGCCCCACAAGUUAACAAAAGGCGAAUUCAUCAAAGUCUUUCUUUGAGUCUGACAAAAAGGAAAUCAAUAGACCCAUUCAGCUUUGGCGUAAAGUUUUUACACUUCAGACCACGUUUUGUUCCCUUAGUUAUGGUUUCUUUGUUUACUGGAGAAUAUUAAUUGCCCACUUUAAAAGCGAGUUGAAGACUGGGAGUUAACUUGCCAUAAUUCAAAAAUAAACACCUUAACGAGAAAGUGUACAUCAAAAUUAGUAAAUUUCUGGAUUUUUAAGAGAUUGGGUUUAGUAAUACAUUUUGUGUAGCAACCUCCCAACAUCUCGGAAAUUACAAAGAAAUGUAUGGUUACUGUGAACGCUUGUCCUUAGGUAAAAACACAUGUAAUUUUUGACGUUUUUGAUUGAUUAUCAUUUAGCUGUUCGGCUUAGCCAGUCGAAGACAUUGCAGGAACCUAUUAAUUUUGAUGUGCUCUUUCUCGUGAUGGGAAUCAUUUUUUUGGUAGAUUAAUUCUUAAUACUCGUUCCCAUUCCUCCACUCAUUUCUAAAGUGGGCAAUUUGGAUAUGGCUCCUAAUCAAACAAAGAAUCUUAUAUCCAGGUGGAAGUGCUAUAAGAUGGAAAAGCGUUUCUGUAUGGGUCUAUAUAAGGAGGCCCGGAGAUCAGUUCCCUGGAUCCUCAUAGUUCAUUGUGUCUGAUCACUUCGCUUGUACAUGCCAGCCAUCCCUUGUAAAUACAUUCCCGAUCACGAAUGAUAGAUUGUUUCCUUCAUACAAGCCUUUUGUAGCGCUUGUAUGUAUGGUUUUAUGAUAAGCGCGUUAGUGUUACCCAAGAAAAUUAACAAUACAAUGAAGAAAAUCCAAAUAUAUUUAUAACUGAUAUACCUCUAAAUUGUUAGUUGUAGUUAGGGUCGCCCAUUCAUUACUGAAAAAUAUCAUUGUUCAGUUAAAAGCCUUGAGAGACAUUUUACAUGCGGGACAACGAUAACCACGCCCGCAAAUAUUUUUUUUAAGAAUAUCUGUCAUUUCAAUCGUCGACUUAUCAGAUUUCCAUUUCAGAGUACAGAUUUGAUGGCCAUUUAUAGGAUUAGCCUAAAGCCCUGUUAUACGUAUUGAACUUUUUUGUACUACUUGCGUCGCAGGAAAAAGUCAUUGAACUUUUUUUGUAC